UCAGUCAUGACAGUUUUGGUUUUCUGGGUAUUAAUAUUACUGCGGUAUUAAGUACAUGUGGUUGUUAUAACAUAAUUUUGCUAAGCGAGAAACAUACAUAAGAACAAUAUCUAAGGAUUUAUAUGAGGUGCUUAUGGAUUCAAUCGUGUCCGUAGGUGUAUUUGAAUCAAUACUGUCCUGUAAAUCGAUUGAGUAAGCCUUGAUAAUUAAAAAAUUGUUUUUCAUGAGUAAAAUAAAAUGAAGCUUAUCACACAUAAUAUGCUUACUUCGAAAUGUUUAAAAGGUGUCGUUACCGGUUAUCCCCUUGCCAUUAAUGCUACAGAUGUUAAAAUAAAUGAAGUGGAUUUUAACCCCGAAUUCGUUACCAGGAUUAUACCUAAAUUAGAUUGGGAAGUUUUGUGGAAAGCUGCGCAAAGUAUAGGUCAUGGUGAUGGUUUACCACAAGUUAUACAGCCGAAAUAUGAAGAAGAUUCUGAAUUCUUAAAGAAGGCACAUAGAGUCUUAUUAGAAGUUGAGGUAGAAGAAGGUUAUCUCACCUGCCCUGAAUCAGGAAGACAAUUUCCAAUAACUAAAGGCAUCCCAAAUAUGUUACUCACUGAAGCAGAAGUACAAUAAAGAAAUGUCAAAGUAAAUAAA